CUCCGCAAGAGACUUUUUUCCAAUUUCCUUUGAUGUUUUUAUCUGUCAUGUCAAUUCCCAAACCGUGCGAUCUUCUGGCCCCGAACUUGCCUCUGUCAGCUCCCUGUCGGCACCCUUGCGUCACCAUUCGGCAACGGAGACGGAGCCGUUAACGGACACAGGACCGACGAAAAGUCGGCAGACAUCAUCGGUGAUUCUCUGCAAUCCUUCGUCAUUUUUCCCGAGGUUAUGGCUCAGGAGAGGCAUUCCUCCCUUGUUUCCCUUUGCUUUAAAGAACUGUUUGACUCCUCAGCGUAUUCCUGGCAACCCAGAGAGACGGAGUGAGGCCACGUCUCCGUUCUCUGGUCGAAUUCUCAAAUGCGGAAGGCAACGUGAACGCACCUUGUGUGAAUCCUUUGUUCUUUGUGUCAUUUUCAUUUGAAUAGAAGCGGCCGCGAGUUUUUUGUGACUUGUCUUACCGAUUGCAGUGGGUGAGGCCCCAUCGUGGGCAGUCUCCGUUGCUGCAUCUUGCGAACCUUGUGUUCACUUGCCGGUUGCGGGUACCUCGGAUUUGAAGGCAGGUACUUCUUUUAUGUGUGUCAAUUUGUGUCGGUCUUUCGCGCCUCCAGAAUCCUUCAGGCAGGAUCUGGAUGCCGGGGCUGGUGGGAGCGUUUUACUGCCCGGCUGUCUUAGGUUACUGUGUUUUCUCCGCGUUCCCUAUGCGCCUCUCGGUGCAUUUGUGGAAGGCGGGAGGCUAGUUUCGAGUAGAUUUUUUGAGGCAAAUUCAACUCAUGAGGCGAUUUCUGUAGUCACACGCAGCGUGAAUAGUUGAGGGAGCUCGGGGAACCGGCGGUUGUAUUUGUGGCGAUGAGCCAUGUCUCAACUGGUGUCCCGUUCUACUCGAGGUCGAAGAAAAGGUCACUGAGUUUACGUACCGCUCUAAGGGGAACCCUGCUGCGUUGCUCAGGAACUGUGGUGCUCGGUCACAAUUUUUGUUUUCCUUUCUAAAGCUCGAAGAACGGGCGGCGUUUCUCAAGUGCAUGUGGAUCAAUGUACCAAUAGCCUUCUGCGUCCCGAGAGAGGCUCCGCGUUUUUUCCGUGUUGCUCGUGAAGGCGUUAUUCUCGAGCAGAUACCGUCUCUGUGGCUAAGUGUAUUUUCAAGAGUUGUUUAUUUUUUCCGACAAGAUGCUGGCUGCGAAGAGAGUCGCUGUCACUCCUCGGCGGCCCGCCCCUUCCCCCUUUCGAACAGGUGCAGAGAGAGAGGCGAGGAGGAAGAACGAGAUGGACCUGCAAAAGGAGGACAAGUCUGCAGAAUACAGGCGAAAAAGGGAGUUAAGAGCCCGGAAACGACGGAGAAGAAAGAGGAGCGACAUGUUUGGCGAUAUACAGCUGAUAGUGUUCGCUACUAGUGCUCUGCUCAUAUUCACCGUCUAUGUCGCCUUCCUUUAUCGAGAGAUGAAAGCUGAAAUGCGUCUCUUUGUUCGUCGACCUUCAAGCAACCCGAUAGAGACCCCGCAUGUAAUGUCCGGCGGACAUCCCGCCGACACAAACGCGGGGAAGAGACGGACCAAGGACAUCCCUGGCAAGAGCUCCGCUAUCUGGCCAGGCACGAGUCUCGGCAAACCUUCCGACACGAAGAAAUUCAGGGACUACCUCGAGACGGACGGCGGGGAUGAAGUUGAGACCAACUCACGUGACACCCCGGUCCCGCCACAAACGAAUCCGGGCAGAACUGUCAAGGCUCCCACUGGGAGUCCGAAGCGCGUAAAAAGUCCUGGCGAAAUUGAAGGCGACGGUUCGUCUCGAGAGGAGGACGAAGAGGCCCCGUAUACCUUCCGUGAUGAUCCCACAAUUUUUCCAUAUAGGUCUUCCCUCAAAGAGCACGGCAAGAAGCAAGUCGGCGGCAGCCCGUACGGUAGGCAUACGGUGAAAGCGGUCCCUGAUACGCCUCCCAGCCGUGGAACGCUUCGUGACGGCGAUAUCCUUGAAGACGAGAAAGAAAUGCCCUUCUACGGUUUCGGGAGAGAUCCGGUUAUCUUUCCAUACAGGUCUUCCCUCAAAAAGCACGUCAAGAAGCAAGUCGUAGGCAGCCCGAUCGGUGAGCAAACGGCGAAGGCGACCCCCGACGAGAAACUCAUCCAUGCAGAAACGACUUCCAGUGACACGCGAGACACGAAUGUGGGCAAGUCCGAGCAGACGAGGACUGAACGCGAGCCUAAGAAAGCCCUCGAACCAUUAAAGGAUGCCACGGAUGAACAGGGUGCAUCUCUGCCCAAGGCGCCCCGCAAGCGCCGCGACGAUCAGGGGAGUCCCGCGGGCAAAAUACCGUUUAUUCCCCCCAAUGUUCAGCAACUUGGAUUCAGCGAGUCCUCUAUGCAAUGGCGCCGCGAAGCAGCGGCUGCGCUGGGAAUUCCAGAGUCGGAUAUCAAUGACCGACCACUGAUCACGUCUUCUCCGCUUCUAGGCAAACCAGCGGCUGUGUACAGAGUUGGGGGUGACGGCUCGUGUUUCUUCCGUGCGUUGAGCUACGCAGUGACUGGCUCCGAGGACUUCGCGUCUACGAUUCGACGACGAAUUGUGAGUUUUAUCUUCGACGAGAAUCCAGACCUCACAUCGGAACACGUCCUGCCCACUGCAGAUAUUCAAGCGGAGCUGCGAAGAGCAACAGGGAGUUCCGGACUCUUCAGAUUGAGAGCGGCUUUAUGGCUUGGUUCUACACCGGUCCAAAACAUGACACGCGAGCAGCUGCUUUUGGCGUACAAGAAUUACAUGUCCAACGCAGGGACCUUUGCGACGCAUCGGGAGGUUGAAGCCGCGGCCAAACUGCUCAACUCUCGCAUCUGUGUGUUUGUACCGGGGCGGCCGGGGACUCCUCAGAGAGAUGCUUGGGAGAUACAUUCUCCGAAAGGCUUCGAUGACGACCUGACAGAGAGCAUGCCGGCCGUAUAUCUGGUGAACACGGGCCUCGUCCACUUUGACGUCGUCACCGCUGUGCUGACACCGACCAAGAUGGAAAGUGUUCGGUAGCUGAGUGUUUGUUUUACGCUUGAAAAGACAGGCUUUCUGUGUACGUACCCCUGCCUGCAUAGCCAGAGGUACAGACGUACCCGAGAUGUGACAGGACCACCUGGCUGCAUAUUUGAAUAAUGGUCGCAGACACGUCCAUAUGUAGUAUGUAUUCUCCAAGGUCCGGCGGAAACUCUUGGGGUGUUCCAGUGUGCGAAACGGUGUUCAGGUAACUCUUUCCCUGGAUCUCUUCGGUCGCGUCUGGUUGUGUGUUUUCUGCUCACGUAGUCGGUCAGAGGUGCUUUCACUUAGUUUUAAAUCCCCCGCACAGUGUCGCAAUAAGGGCGACCGAAAAGCAAGCUUUGAUUUUAACUCGGAUACGGUGCCCUUUCGGUGAUCUUCGUCGUCUGGGCACUCCGUGUCUGCUUGUGAAGCUGCUCUGGACGCGGAAACGUUCAUUUGCUUCACGCACAGACUUCCAUGCUUUCCGGUGGACCUUGCGAUAUGUGUGGGAAGGAGUCACUGUAAAGCAGCGUACGCGAGCGAGUGCUGUUGCAGUGAAGGGAUAUCAGAAAACGAACAGACACACGGAUGGACCCAUGGGAAACCGUGUGGAUACGUGAAGCGGUGUCCGUGCGUCAACAGUUUUGUUCAGUACGCUGUUCGGCAAAACUGACGAAAAGCGACAUAUCGAAUUGUGUCCCAAACAGUUCAGAUAAGGGGGACGGAGCAUCUACUUGGGUGCAACGGUGGUCGAAAUUUUUCCGUUACCAUCUGUACGUUGACGCCUCAGUUCAAGGAGACCUUUGUUUGCAGUUUGUACUGUUACAUUCAGGCG